AUGAACCAACCACCACCCUCGGUACCAAAAAAGACAACUGUUACUGAAGUAAAAGAAGAAGAAAAAGAAGAUCUCGAUGAUGUAUUGGACAAUGACGAAUUUGCCAGACAAUUAGCUGCUGGAAUGGAAAAUCUAAUGGGCCAAUUUGGCCAAGAGGAUGACAUGAAGGAAGCCUUUGAAAAAGUGUGGGCUUCUUUUGAUAAUAGCAAUACCCCUGAUAAAACAAGAGAAGCAGCCACCUCAUCGUCCAAGACACCACAAAGUUUCCAAGAGGCUAUUGGAAAAACAAUGAACAAGCUGAAGGAUAGUUCAAAGGAAAUUGAUUCGACUAUCGCAGAGGACUCGGAAGAUGCGUUUAUGGCCGAACUGAUGAAGCAGAUGGAAUCAUUAGCUGAUAACGGUGAAUUUGAAAAUGUGUUGGAAGGAAUGAUGAGCCAGUUGAUGUCAAAGGAACUGCUAUAUGAACCAAUGAAAGAUCUGGCACAAAAGUAUCCCGACUGGUUAGAGAAAAACAAGGACAAGACAGACAGUAAAGAAUAUGAAAAGUAUAAAGAACAAUACAGUAUAUGUCAAAACAUUGUCGCGACCUAUGAAUUACCAGAUUUUGAUGAAAAGAACGAAGCACAAGCAAAGAAAAUUAUGGACUUGAUGACAAAGAUGCAGGAUUUAGGUCAACCACCAGCAGAAUUACUAGAUGAAAUGGCUCCAGGAAUGAACUUUGGUGAUCCUAAUGCUGUCCCAGAUAUAAAAGAUUUAGAAAACUGUAAUAUCAUGUAA